AGAUGAUCUAAGUAACGAGAACAAAAUUCUUGGGAAAGAGAAUGCCAGGUUAAAGCACGAUUUAACAAAUGUUAGGCAGGUCAUGGAAGAACAGAAGGCAGACAUUUCUCAAAUCCAGACAUCUGCAUACGAUAAUGAUGUUAAACAAAGAGAGAUGCAGUGGAAAGUGGAACAGCUAACCAAAGAACUGACAAUGGAGAGAGAUAUACAAGAUAAACUAGAGAAAAGCUGUGAUGAAAAAGAUCUGAAGAUCCAUGAUCUGAAAAAAGAACUGACAUUGAGAGAUGACAAAAAGAAGAUAGAGGAGCUCAGAAAUUCAAGGAAUGAUGGCCAUACAAGUGAUCAAAGUACUGCUGUUGAUCUGGAACACAUGAUGAAGGACUUGAGCUCAGAGAUCAAAUCUGCAAUGAAGAAGUCUGCUGCACGGGAGAAUGAUUCUGAUGAUAAGAAAAAAAACAAUGAACUUGAGAUGAAGGUUCACAUUCUUCACAUGCAGCGAUUAGCAGACAUGGAGAAAAUCAGUCAACUACAGGGCAACCUCAAGGAUGUCACCAGCAAACUGGAGAGAAAGGACCAUGAAACUAGCUCACGCAACAUUGCUGACAGGACUAGCCCCAAUGCAACAGACAUCUGCCAGGCUCUUGCUCGUGCCCAAGUCCGAGCAUACGCUAUGAGUCUAAAUGAAACCCCCCUCUACCAGUUUGAAAGUUCAAAUCUCAGCGGACUUCAAGCACCUGGAUUUUCUUUCACAAGCCCUAACAUGAGAACAUCAACCCCGAACCGUAGUGCGCACAAAGGUUCAGAAAAAAAGUUGUUUUGAUAUAUUUAACAUUUUAUCUAUAAAUAUACAGUAUCUAAUAUUCACUAAUAUUAUAUUUGUGUUAUUGUGCAAUAGUGAUUCUAAAUCAAUGCAUUUAUAAAAAUAUAUUUUCUUAAAUGAAUUUCAAGAUUAUUUGUUAUAUAAAACUCAAGAAAUAUUUAUGAUAUAUAGUUUUAAUUAUAAUAGUACUGUAUUACAAAAUAAAAUAUUAUUUGCCAAAUGAACAAUUAUAUUACAAAUGGAAAAGUAUAU